AAUAAUCGUUCCCACAAAGCUUGAUUCGGACAUCUGUAGCCCCCUGCCUGGCUGCUUCUAUGUCUAUCAUGGCCUCAAUCAUGCGACCUCCCUAUGUGUAUCAAAGUCUAAACAACAAAGAUGUAUCCAUCCUCGAUGAUGACUUUCAGCCCUUCGACUUUUUCAAAAUCAGGGUCAUGGUGCUUGAGCCCGCACCAGAUUUUGAUGCCGAGCUACAAUGUACCAUUGAGACAGUCAACCUAAGUGACUGGCCAGACUUCGAGGCCGUAUCGUAUGUCUGGGGUCCUCCUGUCUUCCUCAAGGAGUUAUUCUGUGAUGGCUCCAAGAUUUCUAUCACUCCGACUCUCGACCAGGUCCUCCGCCGCUUCAGGAAGAAGACAGAAAAGCUCAGACUCUGGGUAGACGCCGUUUGCAUCAACCAAGCCGACAUCAGGGAGAAGAACCAACAAGUACAGCGCAUGGGCCAAAUUUACAGAUAUGCAAGGUCCGUCCUGGUCUGGCUAGGAGACGGCGGCAAGAUGGACGAGUGCAUCGACUUCCUUUGGGGACUGAGCAGCUCCCAGCAUGAAUCCAGCGUUACAGCUGAGCGCGCCGUCUCCAGCAUCGAGACGGAGAUGCGCCGCUUCUUUGAGAAUAAAGAGGAAGGCAUCGAGGCAGUCCAACGGUUUCUAGCUCUGCCGUGGUUUACAAGACGGUGGAUCGUUCAGGAGGCAGUGCAGAAGAACGCGCACUUCUACUGUGGAUCUCUGGACAUCACCAGCCAUGCAUUGAACCAUGCCGUCUUCACACUGAAUAAGAGCACUUUCAACUUUGAUCAACACGUCAUGGAUCAUAUCCGCGCGCUCGAGCGGCAGGGUGCGUACUAUGAGUUCCCUGAACAGUACGGAGAGGAUGGCUAUGGCAUCCUCGAUAUUCUCGUGCGGUUCAGUUCUUGCAAUUGCACCAACGAACAUGAUCGCAUAUAUGCGCAUUUGGGUUUGGCAAACGACGUUCGAUCCCCAUUUGCAAGUCUGAGACCAGAGCCCGAACACCGGUUUUCUCAACUGUCCAUUACCAGUGGGUCCGAGGAAACAUACACAACCCGACAAAGCAGACAAAGCAUUCCCAUCCAAGUCGACUACGAAGCCAAUGUGGAGCACGUGUACGCAGACUUCGCAGAAUCUAUGCUGAACCAGAAAAUCCAUCUCGAGCUUUUGCACUGCUCAGGUGCCUUCCGACCCGAGCUCCAACUCAUGACGACUAGAAACAAGAGCUGGGUACCAGACUGGAGACUGCCGAUGCGUUACCAACCCCUACUUUCCGUCCCGUGGUUUAAUGCCGGCGGAGAGCAGGAAAACAAGCCCUUCUUCAACUACCCCUGGUGCUCCGUCGAGGGUCUCGUCUUCGACACAGUCAGGGUCUCCUGCCCGAUCACGGAGUUCGCCGGUGGGGAAACUCCCAACCGGCGCGAGAUGCCCCCUAUAGGAUAUAUAUGCAGCGCCUUGGGCAUGUCACGGAGAUACUUCACUGGCGAACGGAUGUGGCAGGUCUUGGCCAUGACUUUCAUUUCUGACCAUGCGUUGAAUCAUAUCCAUCAGCAGCAGUACCAUAGCCGGGAUCACAUGUAUAAUGGGAAGCUCAUGAAGCGUGAUGCGAGAGAACGGGACAUGCAUACUCUACUGGACUGGUGGGCUCCGUGGGACGAUGCUAGACUGGCGGCCGGUGGGAGGCCAAUGGAUCCCCUGGAUAUGGAGGCCAUAGUCAAAGAACACUCCAAGUCACUGCACAGACACGACUCUAUUGGCACCUUUCUGAAAAGCAUGGAAAGCCGUGAUGACUGGGGCCCAACCAGCCACGCCGUCCCAUCCCGCUGGCACAGCCGCAUCGAUGAAGAGCUCGAGCCUUACUUCCAGGCACACUUGGACCAAAUGUACCGCUCCGACGACAGUACCGACACGAACACCAACGACAAAAAUCCCGAAGACAAACCCAUUGACUGCGAAUGGCGUUGUCAAAAACAAGGCUACAUCUGGCUCAACCCGCACCGCCGUAACACAGAGCGUUACGCCGAGCUAGCCAACGAGACACUGCGAGGCAGGGCCUUCUUCACCACGGAAAAAGGGUACAUCGGGAUUGGGCCGGAUGAUCUGGUGAAAGGGGAUACGGUGGCGGUGUUGAAGGGGGCGAGGACGCCGUUUGUGCUGCAUCAGGUGGAGGGGAGUUUGGCGCAGUGGAGGCUGGUGGGGGAUUGUUAUGUGCAUGGAAUUAUGGGUGGAGAGGCUUUGGAGAUGGAUGGGGUGUUGGAACGGAAUUUUGUGUUGGUUUGACAUCAGCGUAUAAGGGG